UUUUUUUUUUGUUAUUAUUAUUUAUUAGUUUAAAUAUGGCUAUUAAACGAUCUGAUAAAAGCGACGAAGAAUUAGAAGACGAUUUACCUUUCCAUGAUGAAGAUGAAGAGGAGGAGGAGGAAGAAGAUGAAGAAGAGGAUGUUGUAACUAUUUUUUUUUUACCUUAAUUACCUCUUUUUUAUUCAUUUCAUCCUAUAGAGACCCGCUAAGCGAAAGUACAACCCUUUCAUUGAUGAAAUGGCCAUUGUUGAUGACGACGAAGACGACGAAGAAGAAGAUGAGGAAUAUGGCCGAGAAGAUGGUUUUAUUGAGGAGGAGGAAAGUGAAGAAUUAGCUGCUGCGAAAACAACAGCACGUCGCCAUCUUGAUUUAGAUCGUCGACGAAGAGAAAUGGAAGGCAUGGAUGAUGAACAAGUAGCCGCUUUUUAUGCAGAAAAAUAUGGUGCACGUCAUAGAGUGCAACCUUUUAGAGAUACUGAAGAAGUACCACGACAGUUAUUACUUCCAAGCGUGAAUGAUCCUAAUUUAUGGAUGGUGAAAUGCAAGCCUGGAAAAGAAAAAGAUGUCAUUUUUGGUGUGAUGAAGCGAUAUUUUGAUCGACAAAAUGGCGCCCAUUCAUUAGAAACAUUUUCUGCUUUUGCAAGAGAAUCUCUCAAAGGUUAUAUUUAUAUUGAAGCACGCAAACAGGCCCAUGUUCAAGAAGCUCUUAUCAAUAUCCCUAAUCUUUACAUGUCUACAUUAAUGUUAGUUCCUAUCAAAGAUAUGGUAGAUGCUAUCACGGUACAAAAGAAAGAAAUAGAAAUCCCUGUAGGUGGAUGGGUACGUAUCAAGAGAGGUACUUAUCAAGGCGAUCUUGCACAAGUAUUAGAAGUACCCGAGUCUCAAGACGCCGCACGUGUUAAGGUUGUCCCUCGUCUUGAUCUAGAAAGUGAUGAUAAUACAGGUGGUAAACGUAAAAAGGCAAGUCGUCCAGCACCUCGACUAUUUAACCCUGAACGACUCGCAAAUCGAUCCAUCUCAAGCCUUCAAAAAAAGGGUCCUUAUUGGGUUUAUAAUGGUGACUAUUAUCGCGAUGGCUAUUUAAUUAAAUAUUUAAAGGCGGCUGCUAUACAGAUUGAAGAUGUCAAUCCAACAUUAGAUGAAAUUGCUCGAUUUACAGGUGAUGGUGAUCUUAAUAGUGAAGAUGUAGAACGCUCUAUUGAUUUAGCAUCAUUAUCAAACUUGGCUAUUACAAACGCACAAGCAUCUAAUUUAUUUCAAAAUGGUGAUGUUAUCAAGGUAGUUGAGGGUGAUAUGAUUCAUAGUUCAGGUGUAGUUGAAAACGUUAAAGACACUAGUGUCACUGUAUUAUUAGAUGUAGAUGGUACUAAGAAACGUGUAACUUUGCCUGCACGACAACUUCGUAAGAAAUUCAGGGAGGGAGAUCAUGUUAAAGUUAUAAAUGGUCGAUAUAAAGAUGAAAGUGGUAUGGUCGUGAAGAUUCAAGACAAUAUUGUGACUCUUUUAUCAGAUGCCUCUUUAAAGGAAGUACGUGUGUUUGCUAAGGACUUGCGAGAGGCAGCUGAGGUGAAUUUCGGGAAGACAGUGAUUGGCAACUAUGAAUUACAUGAUUUAGUACAACUUGAUUUUUAUACAGUAGGUGUCAUUGUUAAGGUAAACCGAGAUUCAUUCCAAGUGUUAACACAAAACAGCGAAUUACGUACCGUACAACCACAUCAAAUUACCAAUAAACGAGAUAGUAGGAGGGCAGUGGCGACUGAUGCAAAUGGUAAUAGUGUUCGUUCUGGGGAUACAGUCAUUGAAGUAGGUGAAAACAAACGCAACUGCUCAGUGCUACAUCUUUACCGUCAUUUGGCAUUUUUACAUUCUCGUGAACAUACAGAAAAUUAUGGAGUAUGGGUGACGAAUACACGUUCAAUCAUUAGUGCUUCAGCAAGAGGUCGUGAUAUGCCACCACCACCAUUACCACAAAAGCUUCAGAGUACGAUGUACAAUAAUAAUAAUAAUAAUCGAGGAGGCAGUCGUGAUAUGCGUGGACGUGGUGGACGCGGUGGACGUGGUGGACGUGGCGGAAGAGAUAAUUUGAUGGCCAAGACCGUGCGUAUCUCACAGGGACCACACAAAGGAUAUAUUGGUAUCGUGAAAGAUACAACUGAAACGCAUGCACGUGUUGAACUUCAUACAAACUCCAAGGUGCUUACUGUUGAUAAAGCACAUUUAAUGAUUUUAGAUGCACAAGGCAAUUCAUUAGGGCAAGCAGCACCAGAUCGUUUCGAUUCUCCUGCUCAUGGUGGAUAUGCUCGAUCCAUGGCCACACCUAGUCGAUAUGGAGAUGGUGCGAUCACUCCCAUGUAUAAUGCAUCUGGUGCUCGUACACCUGCGUGGAAUUCAGGAUCCAAGACACCUGCAUGGAAUUCAGGAGCUAGAACACCUAACCCUUAUGCUAAUGAUGGUGGUCGUACACCAGCAUGGGAUUCAGGUUCCAAAACACCCAUGUGGCGAAAUGAAACAUCAUCCUCUGCUUGGAGCACUACUAGCGGUAGUCAUCAAGAUCAUAAUAAUAAUCUUUCUUCGAGGACACCUUCCUAUUUAUCAAAUACGAGUCGAAUGAAAACGUCAGCCACAACAACAGAAAGCGAGACUGCACCAACACCUGCACCACCAUCAUGGACAACUGCUGCUCCUACACCUGCAGCCUCUAACUUUGAUGCAAGAGCACCUACACCCGCUGUUAAUUUUGCACAAACGCCUUAUGAAAGUGCUCCUACACCUUAUGAUAGUGCACCUACACCUAGUGCAGGACUGAUACCUGCUACACCAGCAGCUUCAACUAUGCUAUCAGCGCCUACUCCUGGAAAUUAUUUUCCUACAACGCCUGGUAAUUUUAUGCCUACUACUCCUGCAACUGGUUUGCCACAAACACCUUUUAUGCCUAGUGGUGGUGAUUAUGGACAAGUUGAAGAGCAAGAAGAAGAAAGUGAAGAUAACUGGCCAAUGGAAGACAUUGAAGUGAUAUUUAAAAAGAGUCAAGAAGAUAUUGAAAAAAAUCAACAUGGUAAAAUUAUAACUGUCAAUCGUACAACACGUAAAUGCCUUGUUAGUCUUUUAGAUAACAGCCAAAUAAAAGCUGAUGUAUCGUUCGACGAUAUUGAACCUGUACGACCUAGUAAAAAAGAAGGUGUUAAAAUUAUUUUAGGAGAAUUCCGAGGACAGCUUGGAUCACUUAUUGGUGUUGAUAGUCAUGAUGGUAUUGUACGAUUGAAAGGUGGAGGAAGUGGAUUCAAGAUUUUGAGUAUGAAUUCAGUAGCCAAAUAUGCAGGAACAGAAACAGUUGAUUAAAAAUAAAUAAAUAUACAAAGGGGAGAGGGGGCUU